CAGGCUCGUCCCCGCCCCCUCCCUCUGCCCGGGCUCCUCCAACUCCUGGGCUGGUCGGGUGCCGCCCGGGCGAGGGCUGGGGAGCUGGUCCGUGCAGCCAGUACCCCUUCUCCGCUCUCCUGCGGCGAUCCGCCGGCUGGACGCGCUGGAGAAGUUGAGCCGCGCCCGGGCCGGCCGUAGGGGCUGACGGUCGGCAAAGUUUGGCUCGAAGAGGAAGUGGCCUCAAGCCCCGGCAGGUGGCGGCCAGGCCUGGACACGGGCGCUCGCGGCCUGCAGGCGGGCUCUGGGCGACGGCGCGCCCCGCAGCCGGGCCUCAAGCCGAUUCCCGGGGCUUCGGGAACCGGCCUCGGGAGAGAGUGCGGCGGCGGCGGGGAAAACAACUCCGAAGUUGGCGAGAGGUACCGCCCCUGCUCCCGGGCCACCGCCGCCUCCCCGCCCCCAGCCCUGGCAUCCCGAGCACCGGUCGAGGAGCCCGAGCCAUGGAACCCCCUCGAGGAGGCGGCACUGGAGGGCCUGGACGCUCGGAACGGCGCCGCUUCCCCACUGGGUAGACGACAGAAGCUCCGGGACUCUUUCUGCUUCUCCGGCUCUCUCAGUAUGCUACCGGCCAUCCUCCUCCUCCUCCUGGGAGGAGCGCUGGCCCAUCCAGACCGGAUCAUUUCCCCAAAUCCUGCCUGUGAGAAUCCCCCUGCAGUACUCUUGGAAGUGAAGGGCACCUUACAGAGGCCCCUGGGCCGGGACAGCCGCAACUCCCCUGCCAACUGCACCUGGCUCAUCCUAGGCAGCACGAAGCAGACUGUAACGGUGAGGUUCCAAAAACUGCACCUGGCCUGUGAUUCAGAGCGCUUAAUCCUGCGUUCCCCUCUCCUGCCACAGAUAGUCCUGUGCGACGCACCGACCAGCCCUCUGCAUCUGCCUGGGGGCAACGUCACCAUCACCUACAGCUAUGCCGGGGCCAGAGCACCCAUGGGUCAGGGCUUCCUGCUCUCCUACAGCCAAGGUGGGCUGGACAGGGAUGUCCAUGAGGCCAUUAACACAGGCAGUGGGAGCCCCAGGGAGGAGGAGAGGAUCCUGUCAGCUCUGAUGCUUCACAGCCCCUCUCCAGAGGGGCUGCAAUGCCAGCGGGAAGAGUUCCGGUGCUUGAACCACCGCUGUGUGCCAUUGGCCCAGCACUGCGAUGGGGUGGAUGCGUGUGGUGAUGGCUCGGAUGAGGCAGAUUGCAGUUCAGACCCCUUCCCUGACUUGAACCCAGGCUCUGUCCCCACGCCACCGUGCAAUCACACGUUGGAGGAUUUCUAUGGCGUCUUCUCCUCUCCUGGAUACUCACAGCUGGCCUCAGUCUCCCACCCCCAGUCCUGCUUCUGGCUGCUGGACCCCCAUGAUGGCCGGCGCCUGGCAGUGCGCUUCACGGCCCUGGACCUGGGCUAUGAAGACGCAGUGCAUGUGUAUGAUGGUUCUGGGCCUCCCGAGACCUCCCGGCCGUUGCGCAGGCUCACCCGCUUCAACAACGGCAAGGCUGUCACCGUGGAGACGCUGUCUGGCCAAGCCAUAGUGGCCUACCACACAGUUCCUUGGAGCAAUAGUCGGGGCUUCAAUGCUACCUACCACGUGCAGGGCUACUGCUUGCCUUGGGACCGACCCUGUGGCUUAGGCUCUGGCCUGGGGCCUAGCGAGGGCCUAGGCGAGCGCUGCUACAGUGAGGCCCAGCGCUGCGAUGGCUCAUGGGACUGUGCCGAUGGCACCGACGAGGAGAACUGCCCCGGCUGCCCACCCGGACACUAUCCAUGUGGGGCUGCUGGUUCCCCUGGUGCCACAGCCUGUUACCUGCGUGCUGACCGCUGCAACUACCAGACCUUCUGUACUGAUGGAGCCGAUGAGAGACGUUGCCGGCACUGCCAGCCUGGCAACUUCCGAUGCCGGGAUGAGAAGUGUGUGUAUGAAACAUGGGUGUGCGACGGGCAGCCAGACUGUGCCGACGGCAGUGAUGAGUGGGACUGCUCCUAUGCUCUGCCCCGCAAGGUCAUUACGGCCGCGGUCAUUGGCAGCCUCGUGUGCGGCUUACUGCUGGUUAUCGCUCUGGGCUGCACCUGCAAACUCUAUGCCAUUCGCACCCAGGAGUACAGCAUCUUUGCUCCCCUGUCCCGGAUGGAGGCCGAGAUUGUGCAGCAACAGGCACCUCCGUCCUAUGGGCAGCUCAUUGCUCAGGGCGCCAUCCCACCUGUAGAGGACUUCCCCACAGAGAACCCUAAUGAUAACUCAGUGCUGGGCAACUUGCGUUCUCUGCUACAGAUCUUGCGCCAGGAUAUGACUCCAGGGGGUGGCUCAGGUGCUCGCCGCCGCCCGCGGGGCCGCUCGGUGCGCCGCCUGGUGCGCCGUCUCCGCCGCUGGGGCCUGCUUCCUCGAGCCAACCCCCCAGCCCGGACCCCUGAGACCAGAUCCCCGGUCACACCUGCUGAUGCUCCCCUUGAAGCCCUCGAUGGCAGCACAGGCCCAGCCCGUGAGGUUGGGGCAGUAGGUGGGCAGGAUGGGGAACAGGCACCCCCACUGCCUGUCAAGGCUCCCCUCCCAUCUGCCAGCACAUCUGCAGCCCUUCCUACUGUCCUCGAGGCCCCAGGGCCGCUGCCCUCAGCACUCCUAGAGCCAUCACUGCUGUCAGGAGUGGUGCAGGCCUUGCGAGGCCGCCUCCUGCCCAGCCUUCGGCCAGCAGGACCAACGCAGAGCCCUCCUGAACCUCACACAGCAGCCCUGUCCCCAGACGAUGAGGACGACGUGCUUCUGGUGCCACUGGCUGAGCCCGGGGCCUGGGUAGUUGAAGCGGAGGAUGAGCCACUGCUUGCCUGAGGUGACCCGGCUCCCGGAGGCCCUGGUCCCAGUGAUAACACCCGUCAGAGAACAUCUCAGCUUCUCUUUCACUACUUCCUUCCAUGGCCCUUGGUGAACCUCCCUUUGACCCCGUUGGCUGUUGUAAGCUUAGGUGUCCCUCGGGCAGGGAGAGGGCUCACACGGAGCGCACUCUGUACGUGGCCGGACAGCCUCUCCAACACCCUCUCUCCACACCACCACCAUUCGGGUGGCUCUUUUAAAAAAGUAAAGUUCUUAAGGGGUUGUACGUAGGCCUGAACACUCCAUCGUUGCCAACACCCCACCCAAAAGUGGCCUUAAGCACUGGAAUGCCAAUCAGCUAGGGACCUCCAGCCCCCAAGGGGAGGAUUUGGGCAGGGCCUGAGGUUUUGCCAACUGUGAUCUUUCCUAUAGGGCCCGGCUCAUAAAAAGAGCACAAUACAUGCUUCUGUCCCAUAGUUAGGUCAUUGCCCAAGGAGUCAAGGUUGAAAAUAAAGGAAUCAGAAGUUUAA